UCUUGUUCCAACAACCACUCGCGACUGACAAACCACCGUUGUGCGUUCAGUCGCUACUUCAGAGACGCAUUGCAGCUUUUCUCGUCGCUGUUGCCGACAAUGGAGCUCAUUCCGGGAAUCCUGCCUCCCUCGAAGGAGAACUGGGAAUUGAUCGUGUGGGGCUGGCAGUUCUUCCCACUGUUCACAGCAACCCAAUGGUUCAUCGACUACUACCCCCAAGGCAAAACCUCAGUAGACUCCAAAUGGAACCUCCCAGGAAAAUGGGCCUGGCUCAUCAUGGAACUCCCAGGAAUCACAAUCGUCAACUACUGCGCCUGGGUUCUACCUUCAAAGCUCGGUUUAACUGAAGGACUUCCUUGGGCGAACUGGACAAUGAUCGGACUCUACUCGAUUCACUACAUCUACCGAGCAAUUCUCUCCCCGCUCUGGCUCAAUCCUUCCAUGUCGCCGAUUCACCCCUUCGUAAUGGUCAGUGCAUUCAUCUGGCAGACGAUCAAUGGUCUCUCACUCGGAGGUUGGCUCGCUGGAUAUGGUCCCACUACAGUCUGGGACUGGGCUGGAAGGCUCUACAUGAUCGAAAUCGGCCUCGUGAUCUGGGGCUGGAGCUUCCUCGGCAACAUUUUCCACGACGACGACUUGCGAGAAAUCCGCCGAGCCGCGGCCAGAAGACAAAAAGCGCAAGCGGAGAAAGAUGGAAAACCAGUCGCUGGGACUGACAAACUUUACAUGAUCCCGAAAAAUGGUUUAUUCCAUUUCAUUCUGUACCCUCACUACCUAUGCGAGUGGUUCGAAUGGGCAGGAUUCUGGAUGAUUGGCGGACUUGACUGCGUUCCUGCCAGGACCUUUCUGUUCAACGAGAUCUCUACGAUGUUGCCGAGAGCGCUGAGUGGGCACAGGUGGUACGUGGAGAAGUUCGGAAAAGAGAGAAUCGGCAAGCGAAAGGCUAUAAUUCCUGGUCUCCUUUGAGAGAAGAAGCCAGCACUAUGGUGGGUAUCAACUAAGAACGCUCAAAAAAUGCUGAUUGAGAAGUGCAAUGAUGCUGCAGCGGAUUUUACACGCUUUCAAGCAGCAGAUGCUCGCAUCAUCUGCUGCAUUAAUAAUGCUUUUUUAGCCUCACUUCACAUCAUGUCUGAACACCCA